AUGAGAUCCGCGGGUUCAUUCUCUCUCCUCAUCUUCUCCUAAAACCCUCCCUCUCCCCGGUAGGGUUUGCUUCUCCUCAGCUCUUAUCCACAGAAAGCCGAAGCGUGUACAACAAACAAGAAAGCCAAACUCUUUUUCAUGGCGCCGGUUGGGAGCAGAACUCUUGGCGCAGUGUCCUCUCUUAAACCGUCGCUUUUCUCCUCAAACUUCACUUCCCGCAGAGCCUUUGGGUUCCAAAGCUCGGUUCUUUCUCAGCCUCUUUACAAUAGAAAAGAAUUUUCAAUCUCUGGAUUGACUUGGAAGCUUGGGAGGAAGCGAGAUGGAAGCUUUUCUGUUCGAUGCGAAGCGGCGGUUGCAGAGAAGGAGAGAACUGAGGAGGUUGGGGGUGAGAAAUACGAGUACCAGGCUGAGGUUAGCCGCUUACUUGAUUUAAUUGUCCAUAGCUUAUACAGCCACAAAGAAGUGUUUCUUCGAGAGCUUGUAAGUAACGCAAGUGAUGCUUUGGACAAGUUGAGAUUUUUGAGCGUGACCGAUCCUUCUCUCGUUGCCGACGGCUCUGAAUUGGAAAUUCGAAUCAAACCUGACCCAGAUAAUGGGACUAUUACUAUCACAGAUACCGGCAUUGGUAUGACCAAGGAGGAGCUGAUUGACUGCCUUGGAACUAUUGCUCAGAGUGGAACUUCUAAAUUCCUGAAAGCAUUGAAGGAGAAUAAGGAAGUGGGGGCAGAUAAUGGUUUGAUUGGCCAAUUUGGUGUUGGUUUCUAUUCUGCUUUCCUUGUUGCCGAAAAGGUAAUUGUGUCGACCAAGAGUCCGAAAUCCGAUAAGCAAUAUGUGUGGGAAGCAGUAGCUGACAGUAGCUCAUAUGUGAUCAAGGAAGAGUCUGAUUCUGAAAAGUUACUGCGCCGGGGAACCCAAAUUACACUUUAUUUAAGGGAAGAUGACAAGUUUGAAUUUGCCGAUCCCUCGACGAUCCAGAAAUUGGUUAAGAACUAUUCUCAGUUUGUAGCCUUUCCCAUAUACACAUGGCAGGAGAAAUCAAGGACUGUAGAGGUUGAAGAGGAAGAGGAAAAAAAGGAGGGCGAGGAGGCUAAACCAGAGGGUGAAAAGAAGAAGACGAAGUCUGUCACUGAAAAAUACUGGGAUUGGGAAUUGGCAAACGAAACUAAGCCCAUCUGGAUGCGAAAUCCCAAGGAAGUUGAGAAGGAAGAAUAUAAUGAGUUCUAUAAGAAGACAUUUAAUGAGUUCUUGGAUCCAUUAGCUCAUGCUCACUUCACCACAGAGGGAGAGGUGGAAUUUAGAAGCAUUCUUUAUGUUCCCGGAAUGGCGCCUCUUAAUAAUGAGGAUAUAGUAAAUCCCAAGACAAAGAAUAUUCGCUUGUAUGUCAAACGUGUGUUCAUCUCUGAUGAUUUUGAUGGCGAGCUGUUCCCACGAUACUUGAGCUUUGUGAAGGGUGUUGUAGAUUCCAAUGACCUUCCUCUCAAUGUUUCUCGCGAGAUCCUUCAAGAAAGUAGAAUUGUAAGAAUCAUGCGGAAGAGGCUUGUUCGGAAAACAUUUGAUAUGAUUCAGGAGAUAUCUGAAAGUGAGAACAAAGAGGAUUAUAAAAAGUUCUGGGAGAACUUUGGCAAGCUUCUCAAGUUAGGUUGUAUCGAAGAUUCCGGAAACCACAAGCGACUCGGCCCUCUUCUGCGCUUCUACUCUUCCAAGAGUGAGGAAGAUUUGAUAAGCUUAGAUCAGUAUGUUGAAAACAUGGCUGAGAAUCAGAAAGCUAUCUAUUACCUGGCCUCAGAUAGCCUUAAGAGUGCUAAAAGUGCCCCAUUCUUGGAGAAACUGGUCCAGAAGGAUAUAGAGGUAUUGUAUCUUGUUGAGCCGAUCGAUGAGGUUGCUAUUCAGAACCUCCAGACUUACAAAGAGAAGAAAUUUGUGGAUAUUAGUAAGGAAGAUCUUGAAUUGGGUGAUGAAGAUGAAGUAAAAGAAAGAGAGAACAUGCAGGAGUACAAUCUCCUGUGUGAUUGGUUAAAGCAACAACUUGGUGAUAAGGUUGCGAAGGUUCAAGUUUCAAAGAGGCUUAGCUCCUCUCCUUGUGUGCUGGUUUCUGGCAAGUUUGGGUGGUCUGCCAACAUGGAAAGGCUCAUGAAGGCACAGACGCUAGGAGACACAUCAAGCUUGGAAUUCAUGAGAGGAAGGAGAAUAUUAGAGAUCAAUCCUGAUCAUCCUAUCAUCAAGGACUUGAGUGCUGCUUGUAAGCAUGAUCCUAACAACUCAGAAGCUAAUAGAGCUGUUGAUCUUUUAUAUGAUACAGCAUUGAUCUCCAGUGGAUUCACUCCUGAUAGUCCUGCAGAGCUGGGAAACAAAAUUUAUGAGAUGAUGGCGAUUGCUCUCGGAGGCCGGUGGGGCCGGUCGGAUUCCGAGGUUGCUGAAUACGCUGAAGCUGAUGGUGAUGAAGAAAGCUCAUCUGAGGCUGAGUCUGCUGAUCCUGCAGAAGCCGAAGUUAUUGAGCCUUCAGAGGUCAGGGAUGAAAGUGAUCCAUGGAAGGAUUAAACUUCAGAAAGAAUUGAUCUUCUCUUUCUCGAUGUUUUUGUUCGAUGGUGAAUUUGGGAGCAAGAGAGCUAUUUAAUAUUAUAAGGAGGUAAGAAUGAUAGAUGUAGGCAUUGCAGAAGUUUGUUAGAAAAAAGAGAGAGCAGAAUGAACGGUGGAACAUUUCUUGCUAUAACUUUUACUAUAUUAUUGUUGUGGAUUUUGUAAGUAGGCUUUCUUUGAUCA